AUGCGACGCGGCCCCGUGCAAGUUCAAAAAUCGAUUUUGUUGCUGUCGAGUAUAAUAUCUGCGAAGCUCGUCUGGUAUCGCUCGAUGACCUGGCUGAGCGCCUCUGUGACGGAGGGAUCUUUCGGCGGUGUCAUCUUCAACAGUCAGGCCUUUGCCAUUUUUCUCGGCGAUGUUGAUGCCCGCGGUGUUAACCAGGAACUCAACCACUCUGGCCCUGCCGUGAUUUACAGCGCUGUGUAG